ACAAAACUCAGGCCCCAGAAGUACCACUUCCCUCUGGCUGCCUGGUCCUCAGCUGGCUGUUUCCUGGGAGGAGGAAUUGAAGGCUCCAGGGCCUUGGCUAUGGACCCUCCUCGCUGCUCCCUCACCUGCCUUGUUCUGCUGCUGUCUGUGGUGAGAGCCACAGGCCCUGGGGGGACCUCCCGGGACCCAGGCCUGGAGAUCUACAAGAAGAUGUUUGAGGUGAAGCGGCGGGAGCAGCUGUUGGCCCUGAAGAACCUGGCACAGCUGGACGAUGUCCACCAGCAGUACAAGAUCCUGGACAUCAUGCUCAAGGGGCUCUUUAAGGUGCUGGAGGACUCGCGGGCCCUGCUCAUUGCUGCCGGAGUUCUCCCCGAAGGGCCCUUCCCCCAGGACGAGAAGCUGAAGGACGCUUUCUCCCACGUGGUGGAGAACACGGCUUUCUUCGGGGAUGUGGUGCUGCGCUUCCCGAAGAUCGUGCACCACUACUUCGACCCCAACUCCAACUGGAACCUGCUCAUCCGCUGGGGCAUCAGCUUCUGCAACCAGACGGGCGUCUUUGACCAGGGGCCCCACUCACCCAUCCUGAGGCUGAUGGCCCAGGAGCUGGGGAUCAGUGAGAAAGACUCCGACUUCCAGAACCCGUUUAAAGUCGACCGCUCAGAGUUCAUCUCCAGCACUGACCCCUUCCAGAAGGCCCUGCGAGAAGAAGAGAAACGCCGGAAGAAGGAGGAGAAGCGGAAAGAAAUUCGAAAAGGCCCGAGGAUUUCACGGUCCCAGUCUGAGUUAUAGCCCCACAGCAGCUCAGGGCUUGAGGAGACCAGGUGGGAGGCAGCUGUGUGGCCGCAGUCAUGUAGCUGCACCGACCCUGGGGCUGAGCGCUGGCCCCUUCCGGACGGGGAGGCCGCGUUCACUCAGCGCCCCAGUGUGAGCCUCGGCUGGAGAUUUGACUGGGCCUCACGGGACUGCGUUUCCUGCUUGAGGCCUCCCCAGAGGGAAGCCCAAAGGCCUUCAGAGGACACUGCAGUGGGCAGGACCCUGUGGAGAGUCCUGGCUGCCCCCUGUUGUGGGGAAGCAGUAGAGCCACGCUUCCCAGCCACAAGUGGAGCUCCCACGCCUGCCACCAGUCCCCGUUCCUGGGCCACAACAUGGGUCCCUGUCCCUCCACAGACCCAAUUAAAGCCAACAGACU